AUGUUGGUAGGAAUUGGUUUGAUUUUUGCAGUCGCACUGGCUGAUGCAUGCAGUCCAUCGAUCGAUGGUUGCGCUGAAUGCGAUUCAACUGGGAAAAAAUGCACCAAAUGCGACCCCAACGACCCCAGCAACAAGAAGUACCUGAAGGACGGGGCCUGCGUCACGGACGCCGAGUGCACGGGGGCCCACGACCACUACGCCGACAGCACCGACCCCACGGCCCUGGUGUGCAAGGCCUGCGGUAAAAAUGAAAAGCCUAAUACUGCAGGAAAUGCAUGCUUCGUUUGCCCCGACCCUAACUGCAGAAGGUGCAACGAGGCAAACAAGUGCGCGGACUGCGCCACAGGAAAGCCACAGGCAGACGGCACCUGCCCCGCCGCCACGCCGGGGUGCCACUCCAGCUGCAAGGAGUGCGUCAGCGGCGCCAAUACGAGUGAAGACGAUAAGUGCCUUAGCUGCAGCGGAGACAACUAUCUGAAGGUGACGAAUGCUGCUGCCCGCUCGGGGGUGUGCGUAUCGGCCUCUGCCUGUACAUCUGAUAAGACGCACUUCGCCAAGGAGGUCACGGACUCUAAUGGCUCGAAGAAGAUGUGCCUCUCAUGCAGCGACGCAACACACGGCAUCGCGGACUGCAAAAAGUGCUCCUCCACGGCUUCCUCUGCACAAACAGAGCUGGCCCUUGUUUGCUCAGAUUGCGGUAUCAAGUGGCUCAGCCCCCUGGGGAACGCGUGCUUAGAAAAGUGCCCUGCUGGAACCUAUUCUGACCGUAGUGCUGAUGGCAUUAGUGUCUGUGCCUCCUGCCAUAGCACAUGUGCAGAGUGCAAUGGUAAUGCAGAAGCCACAUCGUGUACGGCCUGCUAUCCCGGGUCUGUGCUGAGCAAGGGCAACGGUGGAGCCACCGGCACAUGCAUCCCAGAGUGCACGGGAAGGUACGCAGAGAACUGCGAGGCUGGCCAGUGCACGGCCGUCGUUGGGGGCUCGAAGUACUGCAGCAAGUGCAAGGCCGGAUUCGCCCCGGUGGACGGCGUCUGUGUGCCAAUAACUCAGAGGACAAUUGCAGGAUGCAAUCCGGGGCAGGAUGGAACGUGCACUUCUUGUAAGGAUGCGUACUUUAAGGAAUCGGGCGGAUGCUAUCAGUCGACAACGUACCCAGGUGACAAGCUAUGCACCACAGCUUCGCAAGGAAAGUGCACAACAUGCGCCAAUGGGCAAGCAGCAGAUAACCAAGGCUCCUGCCCAGCGUGUCCGGACGGGUGCUCAAAAUGUACAGCAGGUUCUUCUCCACAGCAGUGUUCGGAGUGCUUCCCCGGAUACUAUCUUGACGCUGGAAAAGGAUGUAAAAAGUGUUCUGAAACAAGCGGUAACAUUCAGGGUAUACCUAAUUGCGUAAGCUGUGCCCCUCCAACUGGUGGCAAUGGUGGCCCUGUCACCUGCUAUAUCAAAACAGACGGCGCUAACAAUGGCGGAAGCACGAACAAGAGCGGGCUCUCCACGGGCGCCAUCGCUGGCAUCUCCGUCGCAGCCAUCGUCGUCGUCGGAGGGCUCGUCGGCUUCCUCUGCUGGUGGUUCAUCUGCAGAGGCAAAGCGUAG